AACUACAACCUUUGCUACACACUGCAGGUUACACCUUAAAUGCACAAGACCACCUUUUCCUCAGAUCAUCACUUCCCAAUACACUAAACCCUUCUCUUUCUCUCUAAAAAAGCUCAUUGCUGAAGAAAAUUUGAAACAAGAAACAUGAAACAUUCAACUUAUUUCUUGACUUUUUUGCUUCUGAUUGUAGUGUUCAAUGUGACUAAAGGACAACCUCUUGUCCCUGCAUUGUUCAUAUUUGGUGACUCUGUUGUUGAUGCAGGAAAUAACAAUAACUUAGAAACAAUUGUUAAAUCAAAUUUCCCUCCUUAUGGAAGAGACUUCAAGAAUAACAUGCCAACAGGGAGGUUUUGUAAUGGAAAACUUGCAGCAGAUUUUACAGCUGAAAACCUUGGAUUUACUACUUAUCCACCAGCAUAUCUCAACUUACAGGACAAAGGAAACAACCUCUUGAAUGGUGCCAACUUUGCAUCUGGUGCUUCUGGUUACUAUGAACCUACAGCCAAACUAUAUCAUGCAAUUUCAUUGGACCAACAGCUAGAACACUAUAAAGAAUGCCAGAAUAUAUUGGUGGGAGUUGCAGGGAAAACAAAUGCUUCAUCAAUUAUAUCUAGGGCUAUACAUCUUAUUAGUGCUGGAAGCAGUGACUUUGUUCAGAAUUAUUACAUAAAUCCUCUACUUUACAAAGUCUACACUGCUGAUCAAUUCUCAGAUAUUCUCUUGCAACAUUAUGUCAUUUUCAUUCAGAAUUUAUAUGCACUUGGGGUAAGGAAAAUUGGUGUGACAACAUUACCUCCAUUGGGUUGUUUGCCAGCAGCCGUUACUCUCUUUGGCUCUCAUAGCAAUCAAUGUGUGGACAGGCUAAAUAAUGAUGCUGUUAACUUCAAUAAUAAGCUAAACAUCACAUCUCAGAACUUGCAAAAAGUGUUUAGUAACCUCACAUUGGCUGUUCUUGAUAUCUACCAACCUCUCCAUGACCUUGUCACUAAGCCUAGUGAAAAUGGAUUUGUAGAAGCAAGGAGAGCUUGUUGUGGAACUGGAUUGAUAGAGACAUCUAUAUUGUGCAAUAAGGACUCCAUAGGAACAUGUGCCAAUGCUACUGAAUAUGUAUUUUGGGAUGGUUUUCAUCCCUCUGAGGCUGCAAACAAGGUUUUGGCUGAUGAUUUACUGAUUUCUGGCAUCUCUCUCAUAUCCUAAUCCAACAUUUUUUAGGUCACUAUCAGCUUUAUUACAUUAUAAUUAUUAUUAUUGUACUUUUAAGUAUUAUGUGUGGCUGUUCCUGUUAAAUGAGUUUGGCUUAUGUAUAAGGAGCUUGAAUAUGAUUAACUACAAAGCUCACUUGGUGUUUCAUUACUGUAAUAAGACCAAAAUUCUUGAGA